AUGGCCAACGAUCCACGAUCCCAGCCAGAUGUCGUCCCUGCGGUGACUUCAGACCAACUUUGGAUGAAAAAUCCGGAAUGUAUCAGCUGCCUUGCCCGCGGGCUAGAUCUCAAGCAUUGCCCGUUCUACGAUGUGUGCCCAAGCUGUGGAAGCGGUCCUGACGCUCAUGGAGAGCACUGUCCAUUCAAGAGGCAGGGACCCCGGACGAAGUUCUUCAGGAUUCAUCCACCAAAGCCAGGGAAAAUAGCUUGGUGGGACUAUGGAGAUUGGAUCGCGAAACCUCUCAAGCCCUACGUUCCAGAUCCUAAGGGCCCAGAACCUCUUCAGUUUCUUCUCCGUCCUUCCCUCGCAUUUCCUAAAGGAACAACGCUCCCAAAUGACAAAGAUAUAGUGAGAGCAGCCUGGGAUAACGAAUGCCGGGAGUACGGUACUACCAAUCCUCUUGAGCCUCCUCGGUACAUUCGUAAUAUCCGAUCAGUGCUCGAGACCAGGAAGAGGAGGUUCACGUCUGAAAGCUCUGACUCGGAAAGUCAGACAACACCUCCGAGGUUCAAGCCAACGAGGAAAGCUCGGAGGAUUUUCAAGAGGGUACGGGGAGCCGCCUCUGGACUCGGAGGCCCGGACAAUCGUUCUAUACCCAGGCCUCGUGCCUCUCACACCAAGUUCACGCAUUUGCAAAAGGUCCCAAAGUUAUUGGAGGCUCCAGGCAUAAAAACAAUUAUUCCAGGCCCCCACAAAAAUUUCGCGCGUCUGCAAAAUGUCCCAAUCUCAUUGGUGGCUCCAGGCAUGAAAUCAAGUAUUCCAGGGUCUCUUGAGAAUUACACGUUCAACUCCGAGGCACAACAAACCCUUGUUCGCUUUCCGGCUUCUCUUGAGAACGUUGCAAAGCAGCUUGUUCUGUCUCUUAGAGAUGGCGAUCAUGCCGAGAUAUUUCGCCUCGACUAUGCAGCCGAGAUUCGACAGCACGGUGUGGACCCACUAGUUCAGGUGAUACUAGCCUUUGUACACCCGACAGUGUUUAAGCUCCAGGGCAAGGAGCUCACACCAGACAUAAGGACCAGCACAGGACCAAUCAUUCAUGCAAUGGGGUCUACUUGUGGGUAUCUGGACUUCGUGACUGACGAUCGGAAUGGUCUCUAUGUUUGUUUCUAUGUCGGACAAUCCAGCAAGGUUCUUCUCCGCAUCGACACCCACUGCAGACAUAUCCUGCAAGGGCUUUGCGACAAGCUCCAUUACUUUAUCCUGAAUAUGGGAGACGGUCACCGAAGAGCAAAUUGGUUACAACUUUGGCGCAUGCCCGACGAGUUCAGACACAAAGAGACAUCCUCUGGUUUCAGCAUAUCAAUCAUUCAAUGCUGUCUAGAGAUGAUGUUUUGCCGAGCGUUUGAGACCCUCGCUGAUGAAACUCUUACAGAGUAUUUUGGCACUGCUCCCGACGAGCGAUAUACUGGAACAGGCUUGAAUGUACUCCCCCCCCCCUUGCUGCAGCCUUUCGCGGGUUCCCAAUUGGAUACGUCAAGGGCGCAACAUCGAUCGCGCCUUAUUGGGUCUUUGGACCCCGAGAUCGCUGCUUUCCCCGCAAUAAGAGUCAAAAUGAUCGCUGCAGAACGUCAGGUUACUUCUGCGACAUCAAAGACCGUACCACCCAGCCUUACAGCUUAUGGCAGACUGAUUCAGGAGCAACUUAAAGCACAAGAUGUACAGCACUACAGUCUUGACAUGCUUAUAUCGAAGACUCCGCUCCCGACCGGAUACUUUGAUCUCGGACAUCAAUUUACGACCGCCUUUGGUGAUAUGGACGACUUCCAUACUCUUCCCUUCGGAUCACUCAAGGCAAAAGUCUGCAUUGUCUUGGAUAACAGAAGUAUCGAUAUUGGUACAAGAACAACAGACUCCGGUUGGAUUCCUUGGCUUCUUCGUUCGGUUGGUUUCCAUGGAGAUAAUACUCUUCUCUUCACCUACAAUCACACAAACCGUGGGCUGUACGACUCUAGGACCGAUGUUGAGGACGAGGAUCAUAUUACGCGCCUUCUUCUGUGCGGUCCUGCGUCAAGACAAGAGAUCCUUGCCAGCAUUCGCUUGGGAAAACCGGCAGUCUAUGGACCAUAUACACUAGACUUUCGGGGACAGAAAAUGCAUUGUUGGAUUCAGAAGCAUUCUGAUAACAGCAUUUUUCGCAUGUUUGUUGAAUCACCUGAGCCAUUCCCAGUCGUGUCCAGCGGCUGGCAACAGGUUAUGAAGCUUGGAGAGGUCUUUAAGAUCGCUGUUGCGAUGACAGACAUCAAUGUGGACGCUUAUUACUUCGAAGCUUGUUCGUUCCGAACUAAACUCGUGAAGCAGCUUUGGUCCGAGCGUCAUGACCAGGACCUUCAGCCAUGGACUCCAGAGAAUAUUGAUCCACUCAUUCGGGCGUAUCUAUGCCGACGCGGAUUUUCCACAAUGGAGGACUUAGAAAAGCUACAACAGACCAAUACCGAGGGGUCUUUGUCGCGCGCUCUUAUAGUCCUCCUUAGUUGCUUCAACGAAGAACAUACUCGGAAAGGUCGCGGCGUUACUAAUAACAAUACCAGCGAUACUACUUCGUCAAAGUAUCAGAAGAUUGAGAAACAUGAGAUGGAAGCGGUACGGAAGCUAUAUACUCAGGCGGAGACGAGGCGCCGGACCAUGCAGCCAACCGAGAAGCCUCUUGCUUCUCUGAAAGAUGCGGACGAAAUAGUCGAAGAACGACUUGAGCCAGAAUCGGAUGAAGAAGAACCUAUCGAACCCGACAAGGAAGAGCAACGAGACAUUGACACAGCUUUUCCGGACCCUGACUCGAUGGAUGACUCAACAUGGGAUCCAGACAUUGGUCUAUUUGCUUCUGCCAAUGAGGUGCAGACCCUGUUGGAGUAUGAGGAACAGCUGAUCACCGACCGAAGCGGGAUUCGCAUAUCAACAUCUGGGGUCCAAGCAGAUCUCUCUGAUUCUCGGCAUUCGAAUAGGUGGGUCGCUGAUCUUCUUGAACAUGGGCGGCUUUACAAAGGUUGGUCCCGCCCACAAAAGGAAGGACGAUUUCUACAAAUGAAAUUGGCUCAAGAUCAGGAUUCCAGAUGGUUCAUAAGUAAAUGGCUUCCGGAAUUCGAGCCUGCAGCCAGGCUUGCGAUCAAAGGGCGGGGUGACAAAGAAGAUGGCUCACAUUUCAAUGAUUGGAUUUACGAUUCAGUGGGUACUGCACAUCCUGGGGUUAUGGCUAAAAGGAUCUUUCAUGCAAACACUAUCGUGGACUGGUUAGAAGGCUCAAUACACUUGGUCACUUUGAGACCACGGCGCUAUGUCACACAAUCGAAGACGACCAGCAGCCUAAGCGACUUCUGGGAGAAAUACAAGAACGAAUGGCUAUGA